AGCAGUGGAAUGUGCAGAUGUGGCCGCUGGUCUCCUGCUUGUGCACGUGGCUACUGGAGUUCGUCUUCCAGCUGUUACUAAUUCAUAUCGCCUGUGACUUCGCCUCAGCUCAAGCUAAUCGCAUGGGUCCGAUUCAAGUCGAGUGGCAAGUAAAAUUGAUGAAGAAAAAUGACAAUUUCGUCGAAUUGUCGUUGCAAUUUCUGAACCGAAGGCUACAGUUCUCCGCUGGCGGAUGCUUUUACGUGAAGUUGCCAUUAUUAUGUUCGAUCGCUUCAAUGAUGGCCACGUAUCUGGUUAUACUACUGCAACUUCAAUGAGAGAGCGCGCUGGCAAUAAAAGUGAG